ACCUACAUCUCCAUUCCAGGCUUCCCCAUCUCUAACCCCCCUUCCUUGUUUUUCUGCCUCUCUCCAGAGACCAACUCCAUAAGCAUCCUCUGAGCCUUCCCAACAAGAGCCUCCACACCUCAGAAAUCUGUUUUUCAGGCUGGGGCAUAGCUCAGUGAAGUGGGCAUGCUCACAAGCACAAGGUCCUGAGUUCAAAACCCAGCACCACGAAGAAAGCAAGGAGACUUCACAUCUCUAAGCACUUGCUUUCUCGAGAUCACACUUUUAAAAAUAAGACAACUCAGCACAAUUCAUUGGCCUUGCAUGACCUCUCCUGUGAUUUCACUUCUUUCUCACCUGCUCGUCUGAGCAGCGCUGGCUGCUGAUUGACACCGCAAGUGUCUGGUUUAGUUUAAAGUCAUACACAGGGACACUCCUGGAAUGCAUGCGUUCUGUGCCUCCUAGGGAGAGUUCUCGCUCUCUGAAAUGCCGUUUUAUAUCUUCUCUUUCCUCAAACUCCACCCUGUCUCCAAGCCUGUCUUAUGAUGUAGCCAGAUAUCCACGUAAGUAUUUUUUAAAGUAUUGGUUUUCCAGCACUGACCUCAAGGCCAUCCACAACACACAGCACGCGGCUAAGGGAUAGCUUUCCCGUCACCUUUCAGAGCUCAACACUUUUGGCUUCUUUGCCCUGGGGUUGCUCCUCAUUCCCCAGGAGUCAUGUGCUCUUUAGAGCUGCACCACCUGGCAGAGCCUUCUGAGGAUCAGGUAGCUCGAACCAGAACCACCAGCACUCACUCCAGGCUGCAAAGCAGGGUGUCCCCAAAUGGACUCAGCUUCUCCACGUUGUAAAGGAACUAGGGGUUCUUGGUUUUUAGGGACCCUGUCCUUACCAACUAGGCCACUUGAAGUGGGCCAGACACUGGUUGAGCUCCGGCGGCAGGGCUGAGAUGCUGCAGCACUGUUUCUGAGUGUGCCUCUGAGGAUGCAAUCCUUUCUACAACAUCUGAGUCCAGGUCCUUGUCUGGAUCCUUUAUUUCUCUCCGCCCCUCUGCCCACGUUCAAUUAAUUGUCUCCUUUAGGUCCCUCCCCACCGCCUCUUGCUAGCACUCGCUGGGUCGCUGGGUCUGGCGGGCGGUGAGGAGGCUGGGUCGGGCGGGCGGUGAGGAGGCGACGACGGGAGUGUCCGAAGGAGUGCUUGUGCCUCUGACAGCUUGGGGAUGCCGGAGAACAGCUCUGCGGCCAAUUGCUCUGAGGCCGGCCGGCUGGCGGCGCGCCCUAGCUGGUCCGGGUCAGUAGGCGCAGGGCCAUCAGGGACUCCCCGGGCUCCUUGGGUGGCUCCCACGCUAUCUACAGUGGUCGUUGUCACCACAGCCGUGGAUGUCGUGGGGAACCUCCUUGUCAUCCUCUCUGUGCUCAGGAACCGCAAGCUGCGGAACGCGGGUAACCUGUUUGUGGUGAGUCUGGCCUUGGCUGACCUGGUGGUAGCCUUGUACCCUUACCCACUGAUCCUGGUGGCCAUUGUCCAUGAUGGUUGGGCCCUUGGAGAGGCCCACUGCAAAGCCAGUGCCUUUGUGAUGGGCCUGAGUGUCAUUGGCUCUGUCUUCAACAUCACAGCCAUUGCUAUCAACCGCUAUUGGUGCAUCUGUCACAGUGCAACCUACCACCGCGUCUGCAGUCAUUGGCAUGCCCCCCUUUACAUCAGCCUCGUCUGGCUCCUCACUCUGGUGGCCUUGGUGCCCAAUUUCUUUGUGGGGUCCCUAGAGUAUGACCCACGCAUCUAUUCCUGCACCUUCAUCCAGACAGCCAGCACCCAGUACACUGCGGCCGUGGUGGCCAUCCACUUCCUCCUUCCAAUUGCUGUGGUAUCCUUCUGCUACCUGCGAAUCUGGGUGCUGGUGCUCCGGGUCCGAAGGAAGGCCAAGGCUGAGAGUAAGCUGCGCCUGAGGCCUGGUGACUUGCGCAGUUUCCUAACCAUGUUCGCAGUGUUCGUGGUUUUUGCCAUAUGCUGGGCCCCCCUCAACUGCAUCGGCCUUGCAGUGGCUAUCAACCCAGAGGCGAUGGCUCUCCAGGUCCCAGAGGGGCUCUUUGUCACCAGCUACUUCCUAGCUUACUUCAACAGCUGCCUUAAUGCCAUUGUCUACGGGCUCCUGAAUCAGAACUUCCGCAGGGAAUACAGGAGGAUCCUCUCAGGCCUCUGGAACACUGGGUGCUGCUUCCAUGAUGCUUCCACAUGUUGCCUUGCUGAGGAGCUGCGGAACCCAGCACUGCCUGCUGCCGGGGCUCCCACGCCUGUCCAGGAGGGUGCUCUCUAGUCUGCAUCAAGUACAUGGACCUAGCAGCAAAGCUUUGAAGUGGGGGAGUAUAACCUGUGUCACAGUGUUGUGCAUAAACCUGCUCACAUCACAGCCCACAACUGGGGAAGUCUGGCAGGUGGCCACAAGCACAAACCUGCAGACACUCCUGGUACCAGGUAGGACACUGGAUUCCAAAGGGCUGGGGCAGAAGUCAGACCCUACCCAUGAGAUGCUGUUUUCCCUGCCACAUUGAGCUGUUACCAAUGUUAUCCCUUCCUUGAAGGGCCAGCAGGAAGAGAUCUCUUUUGAAUACCUGGGCUGAAAGAGAAAAAUCUACAGUACUGAAGGAUGAACCAGUGUCCUAGAGAACAAAAGAAGGUAGAGAAAGCCAGAGCAUCAGGCCAUGAUGUGCAUACUCCAUGGAAUGGUCUCAGACCACCGGCUCUGAGUUUAAACAAACACAGUCAUUCAAAGGGCGUAGAGAUGACUCACCUUCUGCUUGACGGACCCUACAGUCUCUGCAAAGAUGCUUCCCAGCCAUCUUCUUCCUGUGACCUUCCGUGGAACACCUGUCUUGAACUCUCGAGGAAACUCUCAGCCUUCAAGGGACCUCAAGUUCAGGUGCAGACUUCUAAAUGGGUUGACCUCUGAGGUCAUCCAGCACGUUGGCCACCAUGGAUCAGGACACACACAUGUACACCUAUACCUUGUCAGAAACACACUUGGAACACAGAAAGUCACAAGAGACUGACAAGUUUUCCUUAACAAAUAAUAGCCAAUCAGAUAUGCUACAAAUCAUUCGUUACAAAAUAAAACAUUAGUAUGCAAAAAUAAAUAAAUAAAGUAAAAUCUGAACUGUUUACAUUUUCCAAGGUGGAGACAGUUUUAAGAUAGGAUCUCAUAUAGUCCAAGCUGGCCUUGAAUUAGUUAUGUAGCUAGCUGAAGAUGGCCUUGAACUUCUGAUCUUCCUGCCCCCUCUACUUCCUGGGUGCUGGAAUUACAAGCUUGCUGGCUGCUACACUUGGCUCAGAGGAGCAAAUUUUAAAAUGUGCUGUGUGCCAAUGUCAAGUAUGAACUCAGUGUACAGCAGAGCACUAGGAAACUUCCAUGUGCAAGACUGCAACCUUCUCCACAUAAGCCUACUUCCUGCUCUGGGGAGUGAUUUCUUUGGAAGCUCUACUUGAGUUCAUGCAGUACAUGCCCUUCUGUGAGUGGACUAUUCACACGGGAUAAUGUCCUGUAGGUUCUUUUGUGGUUUUGCUUACAGUGAUAUUUCCUUCCUGUGUAAGGAAGAAUGGCCAACCUACUGUCCAUCUCCACCACACCGAACUGGCACUGUGACCCAGCAAUUGCAGUUCUGAAUAUCCACCAAGAAGAGGUGUGGUCAAGAUUUCAGUGACUUAUGUGCACACCUGUGUCCGUGGUGGUAUUGUCAAAACAGCCAUGAUGUGGAAAUGGCUGCGCUAUCCAAAUGUUCAGAUACUACUGGGCACUUCAGUGAAUUUCAACUGUUGGUUCCAUUCUUAGUGUUUGGGGAACUGUCACGCUGUUUGCCAAAGUGGCUCCAUGACUUAAGUCCAGCAAAAGUGCUGAUACUCCAGCUCCCACACCUCCUUGCUAACAAUGGCUACUUGUUUCACUUUCCGCUUUUUCAUAAUGACUACCAUCCUAGAAGAUCGGGAGUGACUGUAGCACGAAUCUUAAAAGGUCUUAUUAAUAAGAACAAACCUGAAGCCAGGUAUUGGGGUGAACACUGGAAGAUCAGAGAAGCAGAACAAGCCACAUCCUCACCUCGCCAAUUCCUCAGCUGAUCCUGUUUCCUCAGAUUGGAAGCCUCUGGGUCCUCACCCGAAUGGAUCUCAGCUGAACUGCUGCUAAAAGCUAAAAGCUUAACUAACUUCUAGUUCCUGGUCCUCACGCCUUAUAUACCUUUCUGCUUCCUGCCAUCACUUCCUGGGAUUAAAGGCGUGUGUCACCAUGCCUGGCUGUUUCCAGUGUGGUUUUGAACUCACAGAGAUCUAGACAGAUCUCUACCUCUGGAAUGCUAGGAUUAAAGGUGUGUGUGCCACCAUUUUCUGGCCUCUGUAUCUAGUUGCUGUUCUGUUCUCUGACCCCAGAUAAGUUUAUUAGGGUGCACAAUAUUUUGGGGAACACAAUAUCACCACACGUGACUGCAGCUUUUAUUUGAAUUUACCUACUACUCAGUGAUUCUGAGCACCUUUUUGGAAUCCUGUUGCCCAUUCUUGCAUGUAUUUAAGCUCAGCUAUAGACUGAACAUUUACGCCUCUACCCCAGACAUCUCAAAGACCCAUUCCCAGUGUGAAUGGAUCUUGAGGAGACACUGGGAGAAGCAAUUAGCUCAUGAGGGCAAAGACCCAGUGACCACAAUUGUCACUGCUGUAAACUGAGACCUCUGAGAGCUCGCUGCCUCUUCUGCCACAUGAACUCAAGAGAGAAGAGUCAAGCUGCAGCCUGGAUCGAGGACUCCUCGGGUUGUGCAACCACCAGAAACUAACUUCUGUUGUUUUUAAAGCACAUAGUCUGUGGUAUUUCAUAAUAGCUGCUAAGCCAAAUGAAAUAAAGUAUUCUGUCUGUC